CCCCGAUAUAAUCUAACCUCGAACGAAAUCAGGGAUGGGCAGCACUUUAUGCCACUCUUUCUCCCGUAUUGACGCCUUACAUAUCGCCGCGUGCACUUAGGUAUGAAGUGUGGACUCACUCCUAUUUCCUAAUUUCACGACAUGACGACAUGGUCCGCGCGCAACCCGCGGGCAUGGAUGGGCAAAGGUCGCGAGUUUUUGCAACCGCCGUGAUCGACAGAGGGCUGCUUGCUCGCCUUACAAAACAGCUCACUUCAGUCACGCCCGCGACGAGGAAAUUCGCUCCCCAGGAGGACCCGGCGCGAUCCUGCGAAUGAGAGGCAUCCCGAUUCCCGUUUCGUAAUGGGCCGAGUUAGCUUGUUGGUCGGUAAGUCAGCCCAGACCGAACGGGCCCGACGCCAUGGUUCGAUGGCCCCACGCAAGGUCAGACCAUCAUCACUUCAUCGCCCAGCGCGUCCCGGCGCUCAGCUCCAAGACCAUCCGGCUGAGUCUUCGUCUUAACCGCGCCGGCUGGUAUAUAAGCGAAUAUGGAAUUCGGAUCGGUGGCCAUCGUAGUUGCCGUCUUUCCCAUCUCAGCCUCUCUUCCAGCAUCGUAGAACGCACCCCUGCCCAAGAAAACCGGGUUUUGUAGUUGGCCUGUCGCGAGCAUCGAAUCCAAGAUCCUUCCGCUCCCAGAAUCCGUGCACGGCAACUGAUAAAGAGACGGGAAAACAUGGGGCCCUCCUCUCGUCCGAGACAACAUAUCGAUCGCAAAGAGCUAUACACCAACCUCGAGACACGAAUCCAAUAUCUGCAUUCUUUUAUCGACUUUAGUUCCAACGACAUUGAGGCGCUCAUUUCGGGUUCCAAGUACAUCAAGCAGCUGAUCCCGGCCAUCGUAAACAUCGUCUACCAGAAGCUGCUGCAGUACGACAUCACCGCCCGCGCGCUGGAGACGCGGAGUACGAGCUAUGAAGGCCCUGUCGACGACAACCUGAACGAGAACAGCCCGCAGAUCCUGCACCGCAAGAUGUUCCUGCGCGCAUACCUCGCCAAACUGUGUUCCGAUCCUAGCACGCUCGAAUUCUGGGAGUACCUCGACAAAGUCGGCAUGAUGCACACGGGACGGGGACGCGAGCACCCCCUGCACGUGGAGUACGUGCACAUCGGGGCGUGCCUGGCCUUCAUCCAGGACACGCUGACGGAGGCGCUGCUGUCGCACCCGCGGCUGCGGAUGGACAAGAAGAUCGCGCUGGUCAAGGCGAUCGGCAAGGUCAUCUGGGUGCAGAACGACCUGUUCGCCAAGUGGUACGUGCGCGACGGCGACGAGUUCGCCGACGAGAUGGAGCAGCAGAGGAUCGAGCCCGAGGGCUUCCUACACGGCAAGCGAAUACUCGACGACAUCGAGGAGGGCCUCCCCGCCGCCGGCACCUGCCCCUUCUCCGGCUUCUCCGCCGGUGCCAAGGCCGAGACUUGCAACGGCUGCGAGAAGGACGGGGAAAAGGAAGGGACCUGCGCCGGGACGUCGGUGGCGGCGGCGACGACAACUCUACCCAUACGAGAACACGUCGAGACGCAUUGAGCCACGACUGCGCGGCCGACGUGACCGCUGCGCUUCGAGGGGUAUUCUUUUGGGAGGAGAUUUCGUCUUUCGGUCCGGUGCCUGGGAGUGAGCGCAUGAGGCUGGGCCUGAGGACACGGGCAUCGAUUGAUUAGAGCUGGUUCAACAAAGCAUCAAGGGAGGCGAAGGGAGCGGCGUCAAGGGAAUUUUGUUGCUCGAGUUGGGUUCUCGGGAUGCAUCACGCAUUUAUGGACUGUAGGGAACAUCAUAACUCCUUCUAUAUAUACCUAUAUACCUAUACAUAUAUGAAGAUUACAAGAAAGGAUCACGGUUAAUGCCGACGACUUAGUGCUGGUGACGCACCUCGAGUUAGCGGCGAUCGUGGGAAAUGCGUCUCAGCACCGGGAUGUUU